CACUUAGCAUAGCAUGCUCCAUGACCUGUCCUGGUUCUGGAUCCUUUAGAUGCAAGGAGAGCUGGUCUGAUCUUCCAUAUAUAAGAGGAUGGAGAUUUUCUUGGAUAUCGUAAAGCGCCAGAAGUUUAAACUGUUAGAAGAAAGCACAUCUUGGAUCUUAUAUCUGAAUGGCACCAGAAGCAUUAAGGACGAAGAUGGCACCAGCAUCAAAAGAAAAAAGAAAAAAAAACCUCUUCCCUUGUUUUUCUUCCAUCUUCUUCUUCGCCCAUCUUUGUUAACGAAACGUUUAUGGUAGGCCCAAAAUGAUUAAGGCCCAAGCCCAAUUUACCAUAUAUCCUAUUUUCUUUCCGAGCGCUAACAAGUGUUCUUCUUCUCCAAACUCGAAAAUCUCAGCUUUACGUAAAUCAGAAUCAUCCUUAAUCGGAUUCGAAACUUGCUCACAUCGCACCUUUCGAUUCUACAAAGAUGUUUCAGAACGGGAAGCUGGUCCCACCGAAUAUGCACCAGUACCAGAACAGCACGAGGCUCCUCAAUCUCAAAGUCCUCCGGCGAAUCGAUCCGUUCAUCGAGGAAAUCCUCAUCACGGCAGCUCACGUCACCUUAUACGAAUUCAACAUUCAGAAAAGUGAAUGGAGUCGUAAGGAUGUUGAAGGAUCUUUGUUUGUUGUCAAAAGAAAUAGACAGCAGCCUCGGUUUCAGUUUAUUGUGAUGAAUCGACGUAAUACAGAUAACUUGGUGGAAGAUCUACUGGGAGAGUUUGAGUAUCAAGUGCAAGGUCCAUAUUUGCUUUACCGUAAUACUGGGAGACAUUAUACAUGUUUAUUAUUUCCAUACUCUUCUUCCCCUAAUGGUUCCCUUGGCAAUGUCAGGUUACUUAGCGCAUAUUCCAAGGUUAACCAGAAGCCAAAUACUUCAUCUUCAAAACGGGAGCUUGAGGAAUUGGAAGAUGUGCCUACAGUGUCAGUUAUGGAUGGUUCUCUUGAACCGUCUUCAAGUGGUAGAGAUACCCCUAAUGAUCCUGCUUUUGUCAACUUCUUCAGCUCAGCGAUGGCUCUUGGGAACACUACGAGUGGAUCAGCAAGUGGACCACCAUACCAAUCAUCGGCAAAUCCUCACCAAACUCACCAACCCACCGUUGCCCCUGCGGCAGCUGCACCUCCACAGAUACUAUCACCACCGCCUCUACCAUCCUCCUCGCCUCUAAUGCCUCUUUUUGACAACAAUCCUAAUCGUACCAGUAGCAACAACUCCAAUGUUCACACAGAUUUGGUGACGCCGUCCUCUUUCUUCAGCCCCCCACGGAUGAUGGCACAACCACACCUCGUUCCUGGCUCAUCUAUGCCUCCUCUGAACCUUAAUAAUCCGACUUACCAGCAGGACGCACAUGGCACUCCGAUGCUCCAGCCUUUCCCACCACCAACUCCACCACCAUCACUCGCUCCUACACACAAUGGCCCAGUUAUCAACAGAGACAGAGUCAAAGAAGCCUUGUUAGCUCUGGUUCAGGAGAAUGAAUUCAUCGACAUGGUGACCCGAGCUUUACAAAAUGCACAUCAACCAUCAAGCUGAGAAGGGUCGGCGUCUUCGGAUAGGGGGUUUGAUGUAGAAUGUAUAGUUAGAACGUAGUGUUGUUCUCUUUGAUACCUUUUGAGCAAAGUGUUGAUGGAACCUUCUUAUAACCAAACAUUUUUGUCCAUAUUGAAUGAAACAUCAAGCAUA